AUGACGCUUCAUCCGAAAGUAGAAAAAGAUUACAAUUUUAAGGAUGGAUGGUUUAUUCGUGACCAUAGAAAAAUUUUAGAAGAACGUGAUCUGUGGAGUGGUCAGAAGCUAGAUUGCAACCAAAAAGAAAGUAAUGGUUGUUGUGCAAGACAUAUACUUAUAAUGCAAGCAGAUUUUUUGAAGCAAAAAACUUCAAUUGCAGAAUCUGUUGAGGCAGCUGGUCACAUUUUUGAAUUAUAUCCGAAAUUCCAUUGCGAGUGCAAUUUUAUUGAACGUUAUUGGGGUGCUGCAAAACAAACUGCUCGUCACCAAUGUGAUUAUUCAUAUGCGCAAUUACAAAUUCGUGUACCAAAAAUACUUGAUAACAUACCUUUAUCAAUAAUUAGACGAUUUAAUUGUAAGGCUUGGAGAUAUAUUGAAGCCUAUGCAAAUGGCUUAGAAGGAAAAGAUGCCGAAAGAGCUGUAAAACAGUUCAAAUCGCAUCGACGAAUUCGAGUUAAUGAUUAA